UUGAAGGGAAAGCAGGAGACAGACAGCAUAAAAGAGCUUGUGUUAGUAUCAUUAAGGCAGCUUCGUUCGCAUGUAAUGUGCCAAAGACUUAGGCUGAAAGUUGGCCUAUUUCUGAAUAUGCAGUCAUUUGAAAUGAGGUAAAUGUGAAACUAAGACUGUAGGACCAUGCGCAUUUGCUUGCUGAAAGCGGGGCGGUCAGUUGAAUGGGUGGGUCAUCCCUAAACGCAGGUGCGCGGUGCAGGUGAGUCAGGGCUAAAAUACACUUUACAGUGUUGACGCUGGGCCUCCUCAGGCACAGGUCCUUUGGCGAAGUGAAGAGCACGUUCACUGGCCCAGAGGUUGUGGUGCAAGUUUAACAGUGUAACUCUGUGCACUGUGGGUUUAGCAGUGUGUCAGUGGAACAGUACUAUGUCCACAGGAGAAAGGGCUCUUUAUAGUCUGCAGGGGCUCAGCGCAGGCUCUGAUUGGUCCAGGCCAGCAGGCUGGUGUGAGCAGAGCUCAGGGUGGUGGAGGAGAGGGAGGUUAGAGCAGUUAGUGUGCAGCGGGCGUCUGUUCUCAGCACAGGGUGAAGAAUGCUCUCCUUCUCUCCUCUGCUUCUGCUGCUGCUCAGCGUGCACCUCAUUCCCACUACCCCAGUGAGUGAGGACAGGCCACAGGGGAAGAGCCGAAAGAGGGUGAUCCCCAUCCCACACACUGAGCCCCCCGAACCAGACCCCAUCUACGAGGCCUACGCCUACUGCAACAUCCCCAACCGCUCAGAGCAAGGUUGGGAAGGACAUGGUCCCGCCGGUUAUAAGCUGCUCUCUGUACAGGUGAUGAUUCGCCAUGGCGACAGAUACCCACUCUAUGCCAUUCCAAAGACCAAAAGACCUGCUAUUGACUGCACACUGGCACCUCACAGGAAGCCAUCACAUCCGCAGCUGGGGGCGUUCAUCAGGCACAUGUCUCAUGGGGGGCGUGGCCACUGGGACGCGACGCUGGGCGCUCUGCCCCGCCUCCCCAGCCACAGCGUCUGUGAGAUGGGAGAGCUCACACAGACCGGCGUGGUGCAGCACUUGCAGAACGGUCAGACCCUACGCAGCACCUACAUCAAGCGUCACAAGCUGCUGCCGCCGGACCAGUCGGGCUGGCAGCUGUACAUGGAGUCGACGGGGAAGAGCCGCACCCUGCAGAGCGGCCUGGCGCUGCUGUUCGGCCUGGUGCCGGACUUUGACUGGGCGCGGCUGAGCGUGCGGCACCAGUGGAACACGCUGUUCUGCGGCAGCGCCUGCGACUGCCCCAUGAGGGGCCGCUACCUGGAGGAGGAGCAGCGGCGGCAGUACCGGCUGCGGGUGGCCGACGCCCUGCUGGACCGCACCUACGCGGACAUGGCCCGGACGGUGGGCGUGGCCCCGCGCCAGCUCCGCGCGGCCAACCCCAUCGACUCGCUGCUCUGCCACUUCUGCCACAACCUGAGCUUCCCGUGCGCGGAGCAGGGCUGCAUCUCGCCGGCGCAGUUCUCCGUCAUCAAGCGGCAGCAGAUGGAGGACGAGCGGGACCGGCGGCAGCGCGGGCUCUACCUGCGCUACGCCCUGCUGGCCGCGCACCCCUUCCUGAACCGCACGGCGGCCCGCAUGCAGCGCGCGGCGCUGGGCCACAGGGAGGAGCCCUUCGCCCUGUACUCCGCGCACGACGUCACCGUGGCGCCCGUGCUGAGCGCGCUCGGCCUGGCGGAGGCGCGCUUCCCGCGCUUCGCCGCGCGCCUGGCGUUCGAGCUCUGGCUGCGCGGGGAGGGGGGAGGGGGGGGGGCGCGCUGGGACGGGGGAGCGGGGGCGUCGCACGGGGGGCUGUACGUGCGCGUCCUGUACAACGGCGAGGACGUCACCUUCCACACCAGCUUCUGCCGCGCCCACGACCGCACCUCCGCCCAGCCCCUCUGCCCCUUCGCCAACUUCCUGUCGUUCGUGCACAGGGACAUGUUCAGCCCCCUCAACAGCACCAGCUACCAUGACGCCUGCCAUCGACGCAACAUGUAGGAGGAAUAAGUGUGUGUGUGUGUGUGUUAGAGUGGCAGCAAACUUUGACACAGCUGAAGGUUUUUAUUUCCUAGUGGUUUUAGUUGAUAUAAGGGUAGGGGCACCAGUGCACUAAUGUGAUUCACUGCAACAUUGCAAUUUUUGGAAAAGGAACACAAACACAGUUACCCAUAGAGCCCUAUGCCCUUCAGAUCAGAUUUUCUUUCAGGAAGUUCUGUGACUUUCCCAACUCUUGUAAUUCUUUUGAAAUGGAGGCUGUUUAAAUUUCUGUUUAAUAGAAUCCAUACAACUUUCUAUGUUCUGCAUAUACUGUGGUGUUAACAACUACAGUAUUGUUAAUUAUUUCUUGUUUGUGAUUUAAGUAUUUAUAAAAUAGAUGCCUAUUCAAUGCAAUUAAGGGCAAUUAGCUCCUUAUACCAUAAUAUUUUGCAUUUGAAGAUAACUUGUCUUUGAUCUAAACUUACCAAAACAAAUAGUUUGCUGCACAAAAAUAGGCUUUGGUAGAUUUGUGUUUUUCAUGAUUACAUUUUGCCAGAGUAGUGAUAGUAUUAUGUCAUUCCCACUGUUGAAAAAUGGCAGGUCCUUAAAAAUGUCUUAAAAAAUGUUGCAUCGUCAUUUCGGAGCUUCAGUGGUUUACCAGUUACCUCUCCCACCUUUUCUGUGUUCUGAUUGGAGGACCACACUGCUGGUUGCUAGGAAACCGAACAGCCAAUAGCUUAAUCAGGACAAAAAUGAAUGAACCUUAAAAUGGUACUCUGAGCCAUUUAAAUGAUUCCAUGUGAAAAGUGUGCUUUCUGGGUAGUCGCUAACUGAAUAACAAAUGACCUGCUGCUCAGAAGAUGCUAAUAUUAUUGCAUUUGGCUGAAUUCAGGAAGGAUGUAAUGUUAGUCUAAAUAAAAUGAAGUCUACCUCUCAAACCACCCCCCACACAAACCCUAAGACAAACAAAACACUAAUGCGUAAAAAAAAAAUGAAACGAAUCCAUGAUCUAAAAACAAGAUCUGAGGAGCUUUGCUUUGUCAACCCAUAACAUCCUGCGUAGACCUGUGCAGGUUUGGAGAACGGUGCUGUGCAAUAUAUUGCUGAGUUUAAAAUGGUAACCUUUCACAUCUGGUUUAGAGCUGAGAGGUGAUUCGACAGCUUGGCUGUACCCAUCUCUCUCCCAUACAUAAUUACAAGAAUCAUAUUUCAGAAUUAUUAUCAAGUAAAACAGUUCAGUAAGCUGCCCCACACUCCAGUAGACAGUGUGUGUAAAUGGUAAAUAAAAUGUGUUCUGCUUUUAAACGCACAGGUUAAAUGGAGCAAUAAGCACAGAAUGUUGCUGAGCUAUACUUAUGGAGAUAGGCAGCAGAAUAUUUACAUUCAUUGUAACUGGGGUGCUGGAUUCAUUACACGUGCUCUUUUCUAUUCUGGGAAUUUUUUUCACAGCAGUAGAGUUUUUAUAGGUUUUUUUUUUAAACUAAAAAUGGUGCUUGAGACCAAUAAAAAAAAGAAUGUUGCAGACUCUAGUUUUUUUACCAAGCGCUUGCUAGAACAGUAGAGUGAGUACAUCAUUUGUUUCAACACUAGAAUAAGAAAGAACAUUAUUGUGGCUUUUCAUUGUGCCUGUGCUCAGCGUAGUGUGUAUUAUUAUGCUGCCAGACGCCCCAGAGGGGGAGUAAUGUAGAGGAUAUUGUUAUACUGUUUGGUCAGUUGAUUCAUGGUUUCUGAACUGCAGACGGUCUGAUUCACUGGUGCUGCCCUCCAAUUACUCAGCAACCCCUCCCUGUCCAAUCAUGGGUUUGCUGCACACUGUUGUGAUUGGUCCUGCAUGGCCUGUUCACUACAGUGCUCUGCAUGUGCUCAUGGAAGUACCAGGGCCUGGCUUCCUGUACAGAUCAUGGUCAUGAAAUCAUGGCACCCUUUGGAGAUCAGUAAAUCUAACGAAUUGGACAUUGUGGUUUAUUGAAUUUGAGGUGUUUCUUGAAAUCGUACCGAUACAUCCCAUAGGAGCAGACGAUCUCUGAUGUGGCUCUGGAGGGUUCAGCACAACCCUCUUAUCACAAAGAGUGCAUUAGGGGCUAAAAGAUCCGAUCGGUAAAGCACAGGUUUGCAGCAUAUGUUUGAGCCUGGGCCGUUGAGAGAAAGCCUUAGAGGGACGUACCUGGCUUUAUUUUCUUGGGUGAAGUAGGAUACUCUGAGCCAGAUUACCCUGGUUACUGUUGCAUCAGUCCCACACCCCCACCCCCGAAGUAUGCCAGCUAGGCCACUACGAUGGUGCUAGCCCUCCAGUAGUACCCUGGGGCCUGUAGUGUGGAGAGCCCUUGCUGGUUGGCAUGGAGACAGAGUCCCCAUCUCUGAUAGACACAUCAACCAAACCACUUGAUGGAAUGCAGGUUUUACCAUCAGAAAAAGUAUACUUUCCUAUUGUAUAGUUGAAGUUGCUGCUCUAUGCUGCAUGUUCUCCUUACUAAAUGCUCAGUCAGGGCCUCCCAUAACAGGAGAGGGAAUGUUCCAGAGUUUGUGCCCUUUGCUGACAUUCAGUACUUGUCACCAAGAGGCCCAGAUCAAUCAUUAGAAAUGAACUUAUUUUAAAGGCUUAUUUUUGAGUGCAUGACGUGUUUUUAAUUGGUCCUUUUAACUUGUCCCAUGGUUGCAUCCCGGUUGCACAGAAAGUGGCUUCCUGCUGAUAUAAUUCCAUUGCAUUCCGACUUGUAGUGUGCAUGUGAACUUGCCACACAUGAAAUGUAACAAGUGUAUUUAUUUGGCAAGACUGUCAACUGUAAUGACAUUCAAAAGCCCUCCCCAAACACUAAUUUCACCAAAUCCACCAAGCAGUAAUUUCUAUUGCUGUGCUUAUCUAUGCUCUCUGCCUGCUAUGACUAAAGCCCUCUUCAUACAGGAGUCCAUUACCUUUCACCUAAUAAUGCUGUGUCUCACCUGUACUUUAUGAAGAUCCAACAUGGUUCAAAAAUGACCAGUAAUUGGGUUCAUAGUUUGUAACGGUGCGCAGAAUUUUAUACUUGCAACGGUGUGUGUGGUAUGCUCACUUUGUGAUGGUACUGCUGUUCAGCUUUAGUAAUAGUGAAAGGGAAGGUUAUUUCUGUUUUAUAAAUAGGACUUUUUGUUUGUUUCUCACUACAAAGUACAAAUUUCCAGAGCAGCUUCUGGAAUAUUUUACCUCUGAAAAAUAACGACUGAAUAGAGUUCGCAAAAUCAGGUGGCUCUGGGGAUAGAUUGAAUUGUACAGUGUGUAAAGAUUCCUCAAAUAGUAUUUUACCUGGAUAUAUUUAAUUAUGACUUAAUAUUUAUUAUCAUUAGGAUUUAAUUCUGCAAGUGCAAAUUAUUUUAUUGCACUGUAAUGUCUGUAAUUUUUUUUAAACAACCCGUUUGUAAAAGUGACUGAUUUCGAGUUGAGAAAUAUGUGUAUAGCAGUUUAUAUUCAGGCAAAUUUGUCAUUAAAUAAGCCUGUUGUAAAUGA